AUGUUCAAAUACCGGAUCCGCAUGUUCUUCAACGAGCUGAAGCUGCUGGUGCUGAUGCGGCGGGGCCGCCCGGAGCCCGAGCCCGGAGCCGGGGGGAGCCGGGCGCCGGGGGGCAGCGGCUGCGGCUGGCCCCCCUUCGCCGACUGCUCGGCCCGGCAGGACGAUGAGGCCGAGUACUACGGGGGGGUGGCCGAGCCUCGGCCCCGCAGCCUGGCCUUGGAGGAGAAGGAGCCCCGGCCGCCGCCCCCCGGCCAGCAGCCCGGCCAGCAGCCCGGAGCCGGGGGGGCCCUGGACACCGUAUCUCUCAGCAGCAGCCUGGACAGCGGCAUGAGGACCCCGCAGUGCCGGAUCUGCUUCCAGGGGCCCGAGCAGGGGGAGCUGCUUAGCCCAUGCCGAUGUGACGGGUCCGUCCGCUGCACACACCAGCCCUGCCUGAUUCGCUGGAUCAGCGAGAGGGGCUCUUGGAGCUGUGAGCUGUGUUACUUCAAAUACCAGGUGUUAGCCAUCAGCACAAAGAACCCCCUGCAGUGGCAGGCGAUUUCCCUGACCGUCAUCGAGAAGGUGCAGAUCGCAGCCAUCAUCCUGGGCUCCCUCUUCCUCAUCGCCAGCAUCUCCUGGCUCAUCUGGUCAUCCCUCAGCCCCUCGGCCAAGUGGCAGCGGCAGGACCUGCUCUUCCAGAUCUGCUACGGCAUGUACGGCUUUAUGGACAUUGUCUGCAUAGGUCUGAUCAUUCACGAGGGCUCCUCGGUGUAUCGAAUCUUCAAGCGGUGGCAGGCAGUGAACCAGCAGUGGAAAGUGCUGAAUUACGACAAGGCCAAGGACCUGGGGGAGCCCGUUGGCAGCGGGGCGGCCAAGGCCGGGGGCAGGAAUUCACGGACGAACCCCUCCUCCGGGAGCGAAAGGAACCCCCGGCGGGGUCAGCGGGUUAGAACGAUUUUGAACCAUCACUGUGGCUACACCAUCUUGCACAUCCUCAGUCACCUGCGGCCGAACGAGCCCCGCAGGGGCGCCAGCUCAGGCCGGGAGGUGGUCAUGAGAGUGACAACUGUAUAACGCCGCCUGGCCGGUGGACGGGGGCGCUGGCGCGAGGAACACCUCGGAGAGCCGCUCCUGCAGGGGGGGGGAACUGCAUCCCAGGGAAGGGUGCAUGGCAGCUGUCUCCGCCCCACUGUUUCCACCUCAUCUUCCUACUCUGGGGGCCGUCCUCCCCGCGUCUUGGCCUGCAACCGGCUAACCUCCCAUCAAUGUGAAAAUUCCUGUGGGGGAAGGGACCGGGCUGGCCCCUUCCUGCUGGCUUUACUUGCAACCCCUCCCUGAUUGGAGGGAUGAGAGAAGAUUGUUAUCAAACCCCCCCCCCAGCGACGACUGAUCCAGGGGGCCGAGAACGAAUGUGCUUACCUCAUCAUCGGUCAAACUACAAUCCGAUCAACUCUCCCCAACCCCAACUCCCCGCCCACCCUGCCGUGAGUCUCCGCCCCGGAGACGCCAGCUGGAAAGGCUCUGAACUCCUCGUUCCCCACCCCCAAAAAAAAGGUGCAAUAAACACAUUUCUAAAGCAAAAUGGGAUCCGGCAAUAAGAUACCUGUACAUUUCAUCUUUAAUUGAAUGCAUGAGAAUCUG